AUGGCGCAGCCUCAGCCAAGAAGAGGAGACGAAGGGCUCCAGGCGCAGGGCGGCAAGGCCCCGGCGGCGCAGCCGGAACCCAUCAAAUACGGCGACGCCUUCCCAGUAAAGGGCGAGCUGGCGGGGCAACCCAUCGCGCUGGGCGACGCCGCGGCCAUGCGCUCCGCCGAGGACAGCGUGCCGGGCGUCCAGGUCCCGCAGGAGAGCGGCGGCGGGAUCAGCGCCGCGGCCUUCAUGGAGUCCGCCGCCGCGUACAACCAAGGCCGUCGGCGCCGUCGGCCCGGGCCAGGCGAGUGA